AGAACCGGCUAUACUGACUUCCCCUUUCUGCUGAAGUGUGCUUAUCACAUGGUCACAGUACGACACAGCUGUACAACACAGGGGGUGAACAACAUUCAUUUACGCAAAUUCCUGUGUCACGUUAAACUGACGAAUAUUUUCAAUGUAAAAUCCAAAUAAACCAAAACCAACAAACAGACCGACAAAAGGAAUUUUAAGGACUGGAUCCCCAGACAGCUACCAGACAAAAUGGGAACUCUGACUUGCCAGCUGUUGUCAGGUGCAGUUGUUCUUGGUGCUGUUCAAAUCAUCCUUGGUUUCAGUUACAACAACUGCAUAGCAGAUAUUUACAGAAAAAGCUUCAACUGCGUCCAUCGAGAGGAGAAUAAAACGUCUGCUAUCGUCAGUGACCUGCCGGAGUCUGUUGUCAAUCUAACCAUCAGCAUGACGCAUUUGUGCCACAUCCCCAACAGAAGUUUUGAUCAUCUACCAAACCUCCAGCACCUCAGACUAGAUCAUAAUCAACUGACAACCAUUGAUGAAUUAGCUUUCCAAAGCAUGUAUCAGCUUAAGGCUUUGAAUUUGUCAUGCAACAACAUAAUCGAACUUAAGCCUUCUCUGUUCAAGGACCUGCACAACCUCACCUCCCUCUUGCUGAUGAACAAUAAACUAAAGCAGCUCCCUGAAGGUCUUUUCUCCGAUGUUCUAAGACUAAACACUUUAAGUAUGAGGAGCAACCACUUGACAAAUUUCUCAGAGAUUGCUACGUCUGUGUCGCAUCUAAAAGAUCUGAGGACCCUGGACCUUUGCAUUAACAAUGUGUCCUCUCUAAGUCACUCAAAUGUGUCACUCCCAAAAUCCCUUAAGUUGUUGUACUUAUGUAAUAACAGUCUGUCUACGUUAGGAUGUAAACAUUCCUUUCUCAUGUUUAUCCAGCUGCUAGAUUUGUCCUACAAUUCCAGGCUCCCUACGAUGGCUUUUCAUGGGAUAGAUUUGAGACAUGUAAACAAUCUGCGUUUGCAUUCAACAAGUGUUAAGAUAGUGGAGUUUUUAAACAAAAGCAAUGUAAAUGCGAGUCAUGUUGAUUUCUCUGGGACCGGUCUAAAGAAUGACAACCUGCUCAUGGAACUAUGCAAAAUAUUGAAGAGAAAGUUGCAAAAGAUUAAAAAUUUGAAACUGAAGAACAAUGAGAUUAAGAGGCUGACAAACAACACGCUUCACUACUGUCCUACCAUCACAGGGACUUUGGAUCUGUCUAACAACAGCCUGAAGACGACAAGUUGUCUGCGCUUCCUCAAGAGACAAAAACAUAUAAAAAUGUUCUAUGCUGAGCAUAACCAUCUCACCGAUCUCUCGUCCUGUAAAACACGAAAUGUGUCAUAUUUCUGGAAUCUGGAAGAGCUGAGCUAUCGUUACAAUCGCAUUCUCUCAGUCCGUGCUGAUGCUUUCUCUCAAAUGCCAAAUAUCAAGAGACUAAAACUUAACAUAAACACAAUUGCUUAUUUAGAUCGGAAAGCUCUCAAAGGCCUAAAAAGACUUGAGGUGCUCCGUUUGGACAAUAACCUCCUAACUGAUUUGUUCGAUGACACAUUUGAAGAUCUUUCCAGCCUGCAAACCCUCAACCUACGCAACAAUCGGAUUUCUGUCAUUUUUAAAGGGACCUUCUGGAAUCUUAAAAAUUUGACUAUACUGGAUCUGGGAGGUAAUAAGAUCACUCAUUUUCAGAAAUCCGGCCUUGAUGGGCUAAAAAGUCUUUCCAAAUUCUAUCUAGAUGGAAACAACCUCCAACAGAUUGAAUCUUCCCUCUAUCACGCGUUUCAAGAUACACUCAGAGUGCUUGAUUUACAAGGGAAUGAGAUACGUUUCUUUGAACGCACAACAAUUUCACCUUUUAUGAAUCUCAGCAACCUCAGGGAUCUGAAACUGGAUGGACAACGACCUCACGGCAUGACCGUUUUACCCCGCAAUUUUUUCCAUGGCCUCCACUCAUUGGAAUCUUUGUAUCUCACUAACAACUACAUCUCUCACCUUGAUCCUAGCGUCUUUGAUGAUCUGACAAGCUUACAUUUCCUUACGCUGGACAGCUGCUGUGUUGGGGUGAUGCAGCUGGAAUCAGGAGUCUUUAAAAAUCUAAGAAACUUGACCAAACUGAUUGGCGAAAACAUGGGCAUUCAGAAUUUUUCAAAGGAAGUUUUUGGGAAUCUUACAGAGUUAAGCAGCCUGCAGCUCAACCGCAAUGUGAUGCAUAGCAUUCCUGUAGAUGCUCUGGAGAGCCUACCGAAUCUUAAGUACCUCGACAUACGUGACAUUCCUCUGACCUGCACCUGCGAGAACAGUCUCUUGCAAAACUACACCCAAAAAAGCAGCACUGUUCAAGUGGUCUAUCUCCACAGUCUGCCAUGCCUAUACGAUCACAAACAGAAAUUCUACAAAUUUGACUCAAGCGUUUGUUACAUGGAUCUUGGGAAGUACCUGUUCUUCAGCACAGCAGUUUUCAUCUUUCUGUUUACAGUCUCUCCUUUGCUUUAUGUCAAACUCUACUGGAAAAUGAAAUACAGCUACUAUGUAUUCCGUUCCUGGUUCAGUCAGCAAUGGAGCAGACUCAGGGAGGAGGAGGAAAACUGCAAAUAUGAUGCAUUCAUUUCUUAUAAUUCCUCGGACGAACAGUGGGUUAUGGAUCAGCUGUUGCCCAACCUGGAGGGAAACAAAUCAUCUUUUAAACUUUGCCUGCAUCACAGGGAUUUUGAGUUGGGCCGAGAUAUCGUGGACAAUAUAGUUUCUGCAGUAUAUAGCAGCCGUAAAACUAUCUGUGUGGUGAGCAGGAGUUUCCUACAAAGCGAGUGGUGCUCUCUGGAAAUCCAGCUCGCCAGUUACCGACUCUUCGACGAGCACAGAGACGUUCUGCUGCUCGUGUUUCUGGAGCCAAUCUCUGAAAGGCAGCUGUCGUCUUAUCACCGCAUGAGGAAGGUCAUGUUAAAAAAGACUUACUUGCAGUGGCCUGGCCCGGACUGCACUAACCCUGUUGAGGCCCAAGAUUUGUUUUGGAAUCAACUACGCAGGGCAAUGAGAACGGGGAGCAGGGUGGAACUACAAGAGGACGACAAAAGAAGUGAGGGUUGGUAUGGGUCUGAAAGAAAAGAAAAUGAAAAUUUGGAGAAUCACACAAUGGAUGAAAACUAUUACCUGCAACCUUAAGCGAGAAU